AUGUCCAUGUCCGUCAGUUAUAAUAAAAAAGACGACAAAACACUGAUGCCACCGAAUGAUCAGUACGAUAGUUUGUGCACCGACGAGUACGAGAUCAUCUCCUGCGACACUUUAGGUGGUGGUGCGAAUGAGAACAAUGACGAUACUGUUUCCCAGUGGACCACCAGGCACAGUAUCAACGUUGAGUCAACGAUUCCGAUGAACAAUCUUGCCAACCUUCUGUGCUCAACACACUCUGAGGCUCCAUCGCUUAUUUCUGGGGCUGCAGCAGAUAAUUUCGGAAGCGAGGGAAAGAGGCAGAAUGAUGUUCAGAAUAAGACCCUCAAUCAAGAGGAAACUGCUAUCCUUAUGGGUACUGUGAACACUGUACAAACUUCUGCUACAGACUCUACACUAGUGGAUGCUCCAUCACUUAUUGAUUCGUAUAACACCCUUGACAAUGUUAUUCGUUCACAAAGCGAAACACGAGAAAUGCUUGAGAAAGCUAUCAUGUCCUUGGAUUCGAUGAACAAGGAGAGAUCAGAGUCCACGUCAGAAUUUGCAACUGUUGACAAACGUGAGCAGGAGAUUUCUUCUCUAAAAACUCGAGUAGCUGAACUUGAAGAGGAAAAUAAGGCACUUAAACAAGAAAACUUGAAGACUGGCCAAGUUCUUAUAUGUGAGCAGAAAUCGAAAGAAAGCGAAACAGACGUUGACAAAAUUGCUGCAUUGAAACAGCAAUUGAGUGUGAUGCAGAAACUGCUUUACGACAGAGGUCUAGAGGUCUGUAUUUCCUCCUAA